CCAAAGAAAAAUGGUUGAAGACAAAAGGAAAAAAAUGAGGGGCAAAUCCGUCAUUACAAACAAAACCCUAAUGCCCUCGUUCGGUGCUCCCAUUUAUAGUCUCUCUCUCAUUCGCUUCUAUUCUCUUACGAUCUCAUCGAAGGCCUCUCUCCUGGUCACAAUCUAGACUGCAAUCAUGGCUGAUGGACCGCAGCAUCCAUCAGUUGCUCAGAAGCUAGCUGGACAGUCUUACCUGAUGUCCAGGCUUAGCCCCAACUUCAACACCAGGAAUUAUUCUGCAGCUGGUUCUUACUACAAUGCGGGAGUGCAUUAUUCUGGAUUGGCUGCUGUGUUGCCUUCAUCUUCAGUUACUGCACAUGCUCCAGCAGAGAAAGGAGCGGGUGCUUUUUUGGUGGAUUUUCUGAUGGGUGGAGUGUCUGCUGCUGUGUCGAAGACAGCUGCUGCUCCAAUUGAAAGAGUCAAACUCCUUAUCCAAAAUCAGGAUGAAAUGAUUAAAAGUGGUCGGUUGUCUGAACCAUAUAAGGGAAUUGGUGAUUGUUUUGCCCGAACCAUGAAGGAUGAGGGUAUAAUUGCACUUUGGAGAGGCAAUACUGCUAAUGUUAUCAGAUACUUCCCUACUCAGGCUCUGAACUUUGCUUUUAAGGAUUACUUCAAGAGGCUUUUCAACUUUAAAAAGGACAAAGAUGGCUACUGGAAAUGGUUUGCUGGGAAUUUGGCAUCUGGUGGUGCUGCUGGGGCUUCUUCCCUGUUAUUUGUCUAUUCUUUGGAUUAUGCCCGUACUCGUUUAGCAAAUGAUGCAAAGGCUGCAAAGAAGGGUGGUGAGAGGCAGUUUAAUGGCAUGAUUGAUGUUUACAAGAAAACCAUCCAGUCUGAUGGCAUUGCUGGCCUAUAUCGUGGAUUCAACAUCUCAUGUGUUGGAAUCAUAGUGUAUCGCGGUCUUUACUUUGGAAUGUAUGAUUCUCUGAAACCAGUUGUUUUGGUCGGUGGAUUGCAGGAUAGUUUCUUUGCUAGUUUCCUUUUGGGAUGGGGAAUCACAAUUGGUGCUGGUUUGGCUUCGUAUCCCAUUGAUACUGUGCGUAGAAGGAUGAUGAUGACUUCUGGAGAAGCUGUGAAGUACAAGAGUUCUUUGCAUGCUUUCCAAACAAUCGUCGCAAAAGAGGGUACCAAGUCACUCUUCAAAGGUGCUGGUGCAAACAUAUUACGUGCUGUAGCAGGUGCUGGUGUGCUUGCUGGUUAUGACAAGCUACAGCUCGUUUUGUUUGGAAAGAAAUACGGAUCUGGUGGAGGCGGCUAAAAUGAUGACGACAAUUCCUGUUGAUUUCCUUGUCAUUUGAAUAAUUUUGGAUGAAAAAUAUCGGUAUUAAUAUUUUCCCAAAAUUUAGGAUCUUGAUAUUUAGAAAUCAUAGUUUUGCAAACAAGGAUUUUCAUUCCGAGGAGUUUGAGACCCCCCUUUUGGUUGAGAAAUAAUUUAGACUUGUUUUGAAUGCCCGUGUGGUUAUGCGAUUCAGCGAUUGUCUAGUGAAAGUUGUUAUAUUCAAGCACGUUUAAUAGUUUUUCAAAUCUUGAUUA